UUCUGAAAGACCCCCUGAGAGAUCCCUCACACCCACACUCGCAGUAACGCCAUUUCGUCCCCCAGCUAGCAAGGACAAGAUAUUCUCAACACCAGGCCAGGCCCUACCCCGGGAAGAGGGCCAAACAGGAUAUCGGCGGUUAAGCACCUGGACCCGUUUCCAGGAACAGAAACCAGCUACAUCCUAGAUAAACAGACCCUUACCGCCCUCCCGAGUUCUCGGAAAGUCCCCUCUGAGCUCAAACCCUGUAUUGUUUAAACCAUCCAAUGAAACCCCUGUAACCAUGCUUCUCGCUUCUGUACCCGCGCUUUUAGCUACCCUAUAAAAACUCCCUGCUUCCUAGCUGGGGGGAGUCUUCCUCGAGACUCCGCCGUCCCAGGUACCUGUGUGACUGAAUAAAAAUCCCUCUUGCUGAUUGCAACCGGAACGUGAGCUCGCUGAUCCUUGGGAGGGUCUCCUCAGAUAAAGACACCACACUAAGUGAGGUCUUUCAUUUGGGGGCUCGUCCGGGAUCGAGACUCCUACCCAGGGACCACCGACCCCUCACCGGGAGGUAAGCUGGCCAGCAUCUGUGUCGUGUGUUUAGUUGUCUCCGCCUCGUUUUCGUGUUCGCGCUCGCCUCUUAGUCUCUGUAGGUUGUCAGCUGACCAGGUAUCUGUAUCUGGCGGUUCCGUGGAGGAGCUGACGAGCUCGUACUCCCGGCCGCAGCCCUGGGAGACGUCCCAAGGGCAUCUGGGGUCCGAUCCGGGGCCCAAUCAGCCAGUGUCUAAGACACAGUCUGUGUCAGACCGAUAGGUUUUGUCCUAGUCUGACAGAUCCGAAUUUUUCUUAGAGCGAGAAAGUUCCGGACUCUCAAACCUUACUUUCUCUUUGGCACCUCGCCCGCGCUGCGAUAUUUCAGUGUUAUUAUAUUGUCUCCUAACCCCUUGUCUAAGUUUCAUUGUUUCCAUUCCUAUUUUUGUAAACCAAGAGUAUGGGUCAAUCCAUAACCACCCCCCUGACUUUAACCUUACAGAAUUGGCGAGAUGUCCAAAAUACCGCAAACAACCUGUCAGUGGACAUUCGAAGAAAAAGAUGGGCUACUCUCUGUUCAUCCGAAUGGCCUACGUUUAGCGUAGGCUGGCCCAGAGACGGUACAUUUGACCAAAAAAUUAUCUUACAGGUGAAAGCCAAAGUGAUGAACCCCGGCCCUUCCGGGCACCCGGAUCAGGUCGCGUACGUCAUCACUUGGGAAGCACUAGUCUCAGACCCUCUGCCUUGGGUCAGACCCUUCAUCCUACCUAAACCCCCUCUUCCCCCGUCCGCUCCGCCACUUUCCCCCCCCCUCCUCCCAACCCCAGCGAGGCCUCCGUCCCGCUCCUCCUUAUUCCCAGCCCAAACCGAUCCUCGAAAACCGAAACUUUCUUCACAGGUCCUGCCCCCGGAAGAAAACCUAUUAGUAGACCUCCUCAGUGAAGAACCCCCCCCAUACCCCGAGCCAAAUCCCCCGCCCCCGGUGGCUGACUCAACCGAUGAGAGACCAGCCGAGGCAGCGCCAGCAGCACCAUCCCCCAUGGCGGGCCGAUUGCGGGGGCGGCGGUCCCCCAUGGCAGCCCGUCUAGGGGGCCGAGGAGACCAGCCGCUGACGGCAGACUCUACGGUCUCACAGACCCUCCCGCUCCGAGUAGGAGGAACCGGUCAGCUCCAAUAUUGGCCGUUCUCGUCCUCCGACCUCUAUAAUUGGAAAAAUAAUAACCCUUCCUUUUCCGACGACCCAAUCAGACUCACUGCCCUGAUUGAGUCCGUCCUAGUUACCCAUCAGCCGACCUGGGACGACUGCCAGCAGUUACUCCAGGCCUUGUUGACCUCGGACGAGAGGCAAAGAGUCCUCCUAGAGGCUCGGAAAGCAGUCCGAGGGCCAGAUGGGCGUCUCACCCAAUUACCAAACGAGGUCGACUCAGCCUUUCCCCUUGACCGACCCACCUGGGAUUACACCACGCAAGAAGGUAGGAAUCACCUAACUCUCUAUCGCCAGUUGCUUAUAGCGGGUCUCCAAGGGGCUGGCCGACGCCCCACUAAUCUAGCUAAAGUAAAGCAAGUCUUGCAAGAAUCAGGAGAAGCUCCCUCUGCCUUCCUAGAGCGGCUCAAAGAAGCUUAUCGCAGGUAUACCCCCUAUGACCCUGAAGAUCCAGGGCAAGAAACUAGUGUGUCCAUGUCUUUUAUCUGGCAAUCUGCUCCUGAUAUUAGACGCAAGCUCGAGCGCUUAGAAGACUUAAGGGAAAGUAAGCUUGCAGACUUACUGAAAGAGGCAGAGAAAAUCUUUAAUAAAAGAGAAACCCCAGAAGAGAGAGAAGAUCGGUUUAGGAGAGAGGCAGAAGAAAGAGAUAAUCGGCUAAGAAAAGAAGCCGAAGAGAGAGAGAGAGAAAGAGACAAGAGAAGGCAUAGAGAAAUGAGCAAACUCCUGACCACCGUAGUGUCAGGACAGGCACAGGACAGACAGGGGGGAGACCCAAGGAGGCCCGGACCCCGAGUAGAGAAAGACCAAUGCGCGUACUGUAAAGAAAAAGGACAUUGGGUUAAAGAUUGUCCCAAAAGACCCAAGGGGCCCCGGAAGCCGAAGCCCCAGACCCCCCUCCUGACAUUAGACGACUAGGGAGGCCCGGGUCAGGAGCCUCCCCCUGAACCCAGGGUAACCUUUAACGUCG